AUGGCCGACACGCGGGACUCCAGCAUUUCGCCCAUGACACGCAGCCCGCGCACAUCCCCGCCCCCCGAGAAACAAGCCCAGACAUUUUCGCCAUUGCGCCAGGAGCAACGUGCGCACGGCUCUGCCGACGAUGGAGCCGCCCGCCCCGACGACGCUAACAGGCCUGGCACUGCGGGCUCCGUGAAAUUCGAGCCCGGUGUUGCGGAGCCCAAAACAUCCGCCGGUUUCCCCUUCCCUGCCUCGAACGGGACUUCCGGAGAUGCUACCAAACCUCCCCAUUCCCUCGAACCGUCCCCGAGCUUUGGUCAGAUCGCUGACCCGACUGACUUCAACGUACACGGCCAACUGUCGAGAAAUGCUACAAGUGAGGCGGGGGCAUCGACACCGGGUGGUCGUCGCAGCGUGCAGUUCGCUCGCUCGCAGGGGCAGGAAGGGGCUUUUGGUGGACACUCGAGACAACAUUCGCUCGAUGACGAGGAUGAACAGGAAAGACAGCGCAAGGACAAGGCAUCCAUUAUUGCACGGCUCAGGGCGCUCAACCCGCUGCAGGGGCACAGCAGGAGUAUAAGCGGCUUUACCAUCGGCGAUGGGCCAAUGGGGGCGAUGGGCGAGUUCACACCGACAGGUCCUUUGUCUCCGGAAUCCGAGCGAUCACAGCCACGAUACAUUGCAGAGGAAGGGAGUGAAGCGGAGGCAGAUGACGAGAGCGCAGGAGAAGGCCCUUCGCGCCCGCCGCGUCAAAGAAGAAAGAUGCGGCGUGCCAAACCUGGAACGAAUACGGCUCCGGCUACCCCGAAGACCAUCAACGAUCCCUCAUUUCCGCGGGACUCGCCCUCCGAAUAUGGAGCCUUCAAGCCACCUUUUGCGCGACGAGGUACCAUGUCCAACAUACCCGAAAAUCAAAGGAUGGGGUUGUCCGAGGAUGAAGGUCGGGAUAUGCUUGCGAAAGAGAGCGCUUGGAGGAGAGGGCUGCAUGCACGACGGAGGCUCAGCUUCUCGAGUCGAAGGAUGGAAAUGACGGGAGAAGAGACCCCUGACACUCGCCGCCCAAGCAACUUCCGCCGGUUCACAAACAUUGCUAACCGAUUCGAUGGCACCUCGGAGUCUCCAUGGAGACAGCGCGGUGAACGGACCACGAGCAUCAGCGCACAGAAGUGGCGCCAACUGAAGUCCGGGUUGAAAAUGCUCGGAAAGCAGCGGAAGGAGCAAAACAGAAUCGACCACGCAAAAUCUGCAGAACUGGUUGCCGAACUCCUCGCCGGUGCACCCGCCGCCCUGUUCCUUGCCAGCAUGUUCCAGCGCGAUGAGCAUGGGCACAAGAGGGUUCCUAUUCUUAUGGAGCAGCUCAAAGUCCUGAUCACAGACAGCCAAAAGGUCAGUGACAAGGGCGGUGACCGCCAUGUCAACUUCAGAAUCGAGCUCGAGUACGGCAGUGGUAUGACCCGCAUGAAAUGGGUUAUCCAUCGGGCCAUUCGCGAUUUCGGCAAUCUCCACCUCAAGUACAAGACUGCGACGGCAAAGGAAAAAUACGUCCGGUUCAGGGGCGAAGAUACCAACAAGAGUCAGCUUCCGCGGUUCCCCAGAAGCGCUCUGCCCUAUGUGCGUGGUAUGCGCGGUCUCUUAGACGAUCAAGAAGAGGACGAUGAUGAGGAGGCACCCGGGGCAAUCACAGACGGAGAUGCCAGUGGAACUGAGAGACCCGGAAAGGGUGGAAAGAGACGGCGGUCCUCGUUUAAGCAGCUUGCAGCGAGACGCAACUCGAGCGUUGGAAGCCCUGAACAAGCACCCGGGAUUGCUGGUGAGAUGACCGCUCGUACCGGCAGUUUCUUUGGCCAGGCUCCCGGAACCACCGCGCCACGCAAAGACACGUAUCAAGACAAGCAACGAAAGAAGCUGGAGCAGUAUCUUCAGCAGCUAAUCACCUUCGUCAUUUUCCGGCCCGACAGUAACCGGCUAUGCAAGUUUCUGGAGCUCUCGGCAUUAGGCGUCCGCCUCGCACAAGAAGGUGGAUAUCACGGGAAAGAAGGCUUCAUGAUGAUCCAGUCGAACAAGGCGGCCAAUCAGAAGGGCUGGAAUCCUCAUUGGUUUACCAAGCAACAAGCACACCUGCCGAAGUGGUUCCUGGUGCGCCACAGCUACGUCUGCUGUGUUGACUCGCCUGAGGAAAUGAACAUCUACGACGUCUUCCUUGUGGAUCCGGAUUUCCGGAUCGACGAGAAGAAGGGCGCACGCGAAAUGGCUAGCAAAGCAAAGACAUCUGCGGCCCACCCGAACGCUCAUAUGCUUCGUCUGGUCAAUUCCGAGCGCAAGCUCAAAUUGCUGGCCAAGAACGAAAGACAGAUGGGCCAGUUCCAGGAUUCCAUUAAAUUCAUGAUGUCGCAAACCGAAUGGUCAAAGCCACACCGUUUCGACAGCUUCGCCCCCGUGCGGUACAACGUCUGGGCUCAGUGGCUUGUCGAUGCGCGGGAUUACAUGUGGAAUGUUUCCCGAGCCAUUAGCAUGGCCAGGGACGUCAUCUACAUCCACGACUGGUGGCUCAGCCCUGAGCUUUACCUUCGGAGACCUCCUGCCAUCAGCCAAAAAUGGAGAUUAGAUCGUCUCUUGCAGCGCAAGGCUCAAGAGGGCGUCAAGAUCUUCGUCAUCAUGUAUCGUAACAUCAACUCCGCCAUCCCGAUCGAUUCCGAAUACAGCAAGCUGUCGCUGCUUGACCUUCACCCCAACGUGUUUGUCCAGCGAUCUCCCCACCAGAUCAAGAAGAACCAGUUCUUCUGGGCCCACCACGAGAAGAUCUGCAUCGUCGACCAUACGGUUGCCUUUUGCGGAGGCGUCGAUCUGUGCUUUGGAAGAUGGGACACACCAAAGCACGUCCUGAACGAUGACAAAUUGACAGGCUUCGAGCUGGAUAACAAUCUUCCGAAGGAUUCCGAGCAUUGCCAGAUGUGGCCUGGAAAGGACUACUCAAACCCUAGAGUCCACGACUUUUACGCGCUUGACAAGCCCUAUGAAGAGAUGUAUGACAGAGAGAAGGUUCCGCGCAUGCCGUGGCACGACAUUGGCAUGCAAAUCGUCGGCCAGCCUGCCCGAGAUCUGACGAGGCAUUUUGUCCAGCGUUGGAACUACCUCCGUAGAGGCAAGACUCCUACCCGCCCUACUCCCUACCUCCUCCCUCCACCGGACUUCGACCAGGCCGACCUUCGGGCCCUCGGCCUGGACGGGACCUGUGAAAUCCAGAUUCUUCGCUCUGCAUGCAAGUGGUCCUUGGGUACCCCUGAUCGCACCGAGCAUAGCAUCAUGAAUGCGUACGUCAAGAGUAUUCAAGCAAGUGACCACUUUGUCUACAUUGAGAACCAGUUCUACAUUAGUUCCUGCCAGGUUGAAGGGACAAAGAUUCUCAACAUGAUCAACGAUGCGCUCGUGGAGCGUAUCAAGCGUGCUCACAAGAACGGAGAGGCAUGGCGAGCCGUCCUGGUUAUUCCGCUGAUGCCAGGCUUCCAGAGCACUGUUGACAGCCAAGAUGGGACUAGCGUUCGUUUGAUCAUGCAGUGCCAGUACCGGAGCAUUUGCCGCGGCGAGAGCUCUCUGUUCGGGAGGCUCCGCGCCGUCGGAAUUGAACCGGAGGACUAUGUACAGUUCUAUUCUCUUCGGUCUUGGGGACAUAUUGGGCCCAAGAAGUCGCUUUGCACGGAGCAGCUGUACAUCCACGCCAAGUGCAUGGUUGUUGACGAUCGCAUUGUUAUCAUUGGCUCCGCUAACAUCAACGAGCGUUCGAUGCUUGGAUCUCGCGAUUCUGAGGUUGCAGCCAUCGUCAGGGAUACCGACAUGAUCCCCUCGUUCAUGGCUGGCAAGCCUUACAAGGUUUCCAAGUUCGCGCAUACCCUCCGAGUCAGACUCAUGCGUGAGCACCUUGGCAUUGACGUCGACGAGCUGCUCGAGGAAGAGCAAUCCGAGGUAUAUAACAGCGAUCUGUCCAGACCCUCGAGUGCAGACACCAACUCGACGAUUGAACAGCAGCUUAUCGACAACAAGAACCGCCUCGAGGAAGACUUGAUCAGAAAGGCCGAGGCCAUGAGCUACAACCACGACGCGGUAGACAAUGUACUCCAACCGAACCCGGCGACGCCUGAUUUCACCACAACAGACCCCAUUGCUGAUAUGGAGGAGGUCGAGGUGCAUGAUCACGCGGAACGAGACCGUGACGUCCGCGGCGAAGGUGCAGACCACUUCCUAGAGGCUUCAGCCCGAGGGUACAGCCGCGGCAGAGAUUCGACCAUCGACAUCCAUGGCCAUGAGGUUCUGCUUUCCCAGCAAGCACCGGAAGGAAAGAACACUCUUGAAGUCCCGAAGCAGGCUAGCCCGAAGAAGGGGCGUGGUCGUAGCAACACGGUUCGCUCCCAAAUCAGUCAAAUCAGUGACGUGCUCCAGGAUGCCACCAGUGACAGGUUCCCCCCUCCAUCAUUACCUAGGAUGACCACGAGGGAACUCGGCCUUACGCAGCUCAGCCAGCUUCCUGCUUUGCCUACCAUGGAUGACACUGAUAUCGGUGGACCGCCCCUGCUGAGGACCACUUCGGCCAACGCCAACGCGCUCAUCAGUGCGCUUGUCUCCAACAUGAAACGCCCUCUCGUUACCGAGGACUGCAUGCUCGACCCCAUCAACGAGACGUUCUUGAUGGAUACUUGGCACACCAUAGCAGAGAACAACACCAAAAUCUACCGCCAGGUGUUCCGCUGCAUGCCCGAUAACGAGGUGCGCACCUGGAAGGAGUACCGCGAAUACGCGGCAUUCGGAGAACGAUUCGCCAAGUCGCAGGGCCAGGGUAAGAGCGAGACGCGUAUGGGCCAGGAAGCUCAAGGAAAGACGGGUCCUCCCGGUAGUGCCACGACUUUCGCAGAUGGUGUCGGGAAGGUGUUCGGCGAGAAGCUUGUGCCUGGAAGCUCCAGGGAGAACAACCCACAUGGCAACGUGGAGCAGUGGGCAGAUGAACAAGAAAGGCGUGAUCAAAGCAAGCCCUCAACAGCAGCAUCGAACGCCAAUGGCAGUGCUGGCUCUGGGGCAGAUUUCAGUGAGAAGGCCAACGGCAUGCUCUCUCCGAUGAGUCCGAUGGACGGCGCCAACUCCGUCAUCUCAUCAGACGCACCACCUUCGCGGGGUGCGAAUGACGACGCCAAUGGCCGGCCACGCACCAUUACAAUCACCACCCCCAACGGCGACAAAGAAAGUGCCAGCGGCCCACGCAGCAGCGCCGGCAACCUCAACGUUACAGAUACCAACACCAGCCUGAAAGCAGCAGGCAGCCAGCGUCGCCGCAAGAGGGCAGCCACGCGUGGCAGCAUCAAGGCGUUCCAGGCUGACGACGACACCGCUCUGCUAAGCAAGCAAGAUGCGGAGGAGCUGCUGGGUCUGGUCCAGGGCCACCUCGUCUCGUGGCCAUACGACUGGCUGGAGAAGGAGGAGGCUGGCGGCGGCUGGCUGUACCCAGUCGACCAGAUCGCGCCUCUGGAAAUCUAG